AUGUCGACCGACGAGUACCGAGAAGCCUUCAACCUCUUUGACAAGGACUCUGAUGGCCAGCUGGACAUCAACGAAGUCGGCACCGUCAUGCGUGCCCUCGGCCAGAACCCCACCCAGGCCGAGCUCAACCAAAUCAAGGCCAACUUCCAGGCCAAGGGCAAGACCCAGAUCGACUUUUCCGACUUCCUCCCUCUCAUGGCCUCGCCCCGCGAUGCCAGCAACAUGAAGCGUGAUGUCGAGGCGGCCUUCAAGGUCUUUGACAAGGAGAACCUGGGCUACAUCAACGUCAACCAGCUCGUCCACAUCCUCACCAGCGUCGGCGAGAAGUUGACAAAGGACGAGGUCAACGACAUGAUCAAGGCUGCCGACAGAAACAACGACGGCAAGAUCACCAUGCAGAACUUUGUUGAUGUCUUGGUGCCGAAAUAA